UAUUGUUUACUCCUUCAUAACAACAACAUUAUCUCUUUGAUACAUUUUUAUUAAAUAUAAAAAAACGUUUUGAUAAAUAAAAUAAAUAACGAGAAAUAAUACAUAAACAAAAGGAGGGAACAAAAAGAGUUAAUAUGAGUGAGAAAGAAAGAAAAUACAGAAAGUGCACUUAGCAGAGAAUGCAAGUCGAGAUGUCAGUGGAAAUGGCUCAACUCUAAUGGGAAAUUUAAUACAAAAAUCAAAAAUGUCUAUGCCAAAUCAGUGGAAAUUUUUAGCUGUAAUUAAAGAUUUUUUAAAUAAAUCCGCGUACGAGAAGAAUUUACAACUAAUUAUAAAUAAGGAUUGGAUUGAUUUCUUUCAUAAAUUAACUUAUUCACAAAUUGAGAGUAUAAGAAGAUUUUCAUCAAUUGAACAAUUGAAAUCCUUUUCAACUAAUAAUGAUGAUAAUAAUAAAAGUAAUGACAGUACACGGAAGGUCGUUGUUGUUUCCCUUGAUGAUGAGAAAAGUGUUAUUCAAGAAGAAAAACCAGUUGUGAAACAACCAAUUAGUCACGAAUUGAAAACACCAAAACAUGAAGUGAAACAACAAAUUAGUCAAGAAUUAAAAACACCAAAACAUGAACUGAAGAUGUCAGAAAUAUUGCAAUCGAUUCCAGUUGAAAAAGACUUUAAAGAUCAUAUUCUUUCCAUCCCACAAAUUUUAUUGGCUCUCAUGCCAAAAUUAAGUAGUCAAAAUAAAGUGAAAACUUUCUCGAUUCCAAAAUGGAAGACAAAUAUGUAUAAAAAUGUAUCCAAGCACAGUAUUCUUUCGAGAACAAAACACGUUUUAAAUAGUAUUGCAACUGCUGAAUCGUAUCCGUCAAAAUGGAGGAGAGUUGAGGAUUUAUUAGUACAUAUCGAUCAGUAUCCCGAAGCUCGUUAUCAUGCCAUUAAAGAAGGUGGUAUUGGAAUUUUAUUAAGAAUGCGGCAAAAUACCAAUGACAAACAAGUUAAUGAUUCGGUUCGAGAAGCUUUAACCGUUUUGGGCCACGUUGAUCCACUCCCUAAUCGAGGAAUCAGAAUUCUCUCAAUUGAUGGCGGUGGAAUUCGAGGAGUUAUGGUCGUUGAAAUGUUGAAGAAACUCGAACAAUUAACGGGAAAGAGAAUUUACGAAUUAUUCGAUUAUAUUUGUGGUGUCAGUACUGGAGCAAUUCUCUCAUCAGUAAUUGCGACUACAAAAGAUAAUGGGGAAGGAGGGGCGAAAAUGAAGACCUUAGACGAAGUUUCGGUACUUUAUAAAGAUUUGAGUACACAAAUUUUCACUCAAAGUCCAUUGAAAGGAACAAGUGGUCUUGUGUGGAGUCAUGCCUACUAUGAUACAACUCUUUGGGAAGAAAUGCUGCAGGAUCAAUUAGGCGACAAGGAACUUAUCAAAACAUCGCGUGAGCCGAUGACACCAAAGUUUUCAACGGUAUCUGCCGUUGUUAAUCUUGAGCGAGUUUCGGCAUUCGUCUUCAGAAAUUAUACACUACCUCAUGGAGUGGAAAGUCAGUAUAUGGGAUCUUACAAACAUAAAUUGUGGGAAGCUGUGAGAGCUUCAGCUGCUGCUCCAAGUUAUUUUGAAGAAUUUAGAAAAGGAGAUUACCUUCAUCAAGAUGGAGGAAUAUUGGUAAAUAAUCCAUGCGCUGUUGCCAUUCACGAGGCAAAACAAUUGUGGCCGAAUAAUCCAAUUCAAUGCGUUGUUUCUUUUGGUACUGGGCGAACUCCUUGCUUUACCAAUCCCUGUAACGAAGAUGAAAUUCAAGAAAAGGGAAUUGCAGCCUCCAGUUGGAAGGAGAAGUUCUACAAAAUUCUCGACAGUGCAACAGAUACAGAAGCGGUGCACAUUAUGUUGAACGACCUCUUGCCAGAUCACGCCUACUACAGAUUCAAUCCCUAUUUAUCUGAAAUGUUAACAAUGGUUGAAAUUCGGCCCAAUAAAAUCGAACAAUUGGAGCAGGAUGUCGCCAUGUACAUUCGAAGAAAUGAAGAAAAGUUUCAGCAGGCAGCUGAAGUUUUAGUGCAAACAAAGCCAACGAGCCAAAAAAUUCAAGAUUGGGUGAGAAUGCAGAAGAAAAUGUUUAGCAGAUAAAUGAAAACAAAAAAUUCUUUUCUUUCCGCAAAAAUAUUUUGUACAUUCCAUUUUCUAUUUAAUCUAUUCACUCAAAAUUUUUUUUUAUUUAGAAAUUCUUCUAAAUUUUAAAAACUGAUAAAUA